AUGAAUGCUACGCGCACCGCGCUUAUGCCAUCUGGGCAUGCGAUCCGGGAUCGCAGGCGGCUACGCUCAGAACUCACGGCGGGUGACUUCCUCCUGGACAUCUUGAUGGAGGAUAACUCCGGCAUGAUCACCGCAGACAAUCCAAGGGUAGAUCGGCACUUCAGACGCAUCAACCAGUGGAGGGCCAAGUUGAUCGAAAGGCUGCGAGAGAACCGAAAAUGCGCAAGCGCAGGUAGCGAAGGCGUGCUGAAGGAAGACGCGCAGGCCAAGCCAAAAGAGCGGGCGGCCAAGGCCAAGGCCAAGGCCAAGCGGCUUGUGAAGCCGAAGCAAAGGGCCAAUCCGCAACAGGCAAAGCAGACCAAGCCGGCGGCGAAGCCACGGAAGUUUGGUCAAUUCCUGAAGAAUGCCUCAAAGUCCAAGACGGGCAUAGAAAAUGUCAUGGACGUUGCUUUGGAUGGGCCGGAUUCAAAGCGAAGCAAGAACACCGAGGCUGCAUGCAGCUCGUGA